AUGAGUUCGAGCACAGGUAUUGACAAGGCUGACUGGCUGCCCGGUCUCGAUCAGUCCGGUACACCGGUGUCACCAGUCCGGUACACCGGUGUCACCAGUCCGGUACACCGGUGUCACCAGUCCGGUACACCGACUGUCACCAGUCCGGUACACCGGUGUCACCAGUCCGGUACAACGGUGUCACCAGUCCGGUACAACGGUGUCACCAGUCCGGUACACCAGUGUCACCAGUCCGGUACACCGGUGUCACCAGUCCGGUACACCGGUGUCACCAGUCCGGUACACCAGUGUCACCAGUCCGGUACACCGGUGUCACCAGUCCGGUACACCGGUGUCACCAGUCCGGUACACCGACUGUCACCAGUCCGGUACAACGUGUCACCAGUCCGGUACAGUCGCCAGUCCGGUACACCGGUGUCACCAGUCCGGUCCACAUCAUCACCUGAUGACUUCCUCAGGUCCACAUCAUCACCUGAUGACUUCCUCAGGUCCACAUCAUCACCUGAUGACUUCCUCAGGUCCACAUCAUCACCUGAUGACUUCCUCAGGUCCACAUCAUCACCUGAUGACUUCCUCAGGUCCACAUCAUCACCUGAUGACUUCCUCAGGUCCACAUCAUCACCUGAUGACUGCCUCAGGUCCACAUCAUCACCUGAUGACUUCCUCAGGUCCACAUCAUCACCUGAUGACUUCCUCAGGUCCACACCAUCACCUGAUGACUGCCUCAGGUCCACACCAUCACCUGAUGACUGCCUCAGGUCCACAUCAUCACCUGAUGACUUCCUCAGGUCCACACCAUCACCUGAUGACUUCCUCAGGUCCACACCAUCACCUGAUGACUGCCUCAGGUCCUCAUCAUCACCUGAUGACUUCCUCAGGUCCACACCAUCACCUGAUGACUUCCUCAGGUCCACACCAUCACCUGAUGACUUCCUCAGGUCCACACCAUCACCUGAUGACUUCCUCAGGUCCACACCAUCACCUGAUGACUUCCUCAGGUCCACACCAUCACCUGAUGACUUCCUCAGGUCCACACCAUCACCUGAUGACUUCCUCAGGUUCACACCAUCACCUGAUGACUUCCUCAGGUUCACACCAUCACCUGAUGACUUCCUCAGGUCCACAUCAUCACCUGAUGACUGCCUCAGGUCCACACCAUCACCUGAUGACUUCCUCAGGUCCACACCAUCACCUGAUGACUUCCUCAGGUCCACACCAUCACCUGAUGACUUCCUCAGGUUCACACCAUCACCUGAUGACUGCCUCAGGUCCACACCAUCACCUGAUGACUUCCUCAGGUUCACAUCAUCACCUGAUGACUUCCUCAGGUUCACAUCAUCACCUGAUGACUGCCUCAGGUUCACAUCAUCACCUGAUGACUGCCUCAGGUCCACAUCAUCAGCUGAGAACACCCCUGAGGUCAGGGGAUGGCCUUGA